ACUCCGCAACAGCCGACCCAUCUUCAUCACCACUUCUUAUUCCUGGAGAGCUUUUCUUUCUUUCUUUCUUUAUAGUGAGACGAUGCAGACCCUCGGCUGAACGUCUGGAGCUGAGUAAGAGCACGAGCCUCUCCGAAGACGAUUCUAUCUGGAAGGUAGGAAGAUGUGGCGCGUGUUCAUGCGCGAGCUGGUGCACGCGGUGGCGUGCGUGCUGCUGGUGUGGUGCCCCAGUGGAGGAGAGGCUCUGGCCGGCUCGUGCGAGGCGGUGCGCAUCCCGCUGUGCAGCCCGAUGCCGUGGAACAUGACCAAGAUGCCCAACCACCUGCACCACAGCACGCAGGCGAACGCCAUCCUGGCCAUCGAGCAGUACGAGGCGCUGCUGGGGACCGGCUGCAGCGCGGACCUGCUCUUCUUCCUGUGCGCCAUGUACGCGCCCAUCUGCACCAUCAGCUUCCAGCGCGACCCCAUCAAGCCGUGCAAGUCCGUGUGCGAGCGCGCCAAGUCGGGCUGCGAGCCCGUGCUCAAGAAGUACAACCACUCGUGGCCCGAGAGCCUGGCGUGCGACGAGCUGCCGGUGUACGACCGCGCGGUCUGCAUCUCACCUGAAGCCAUCGUUAAAGCCGAUCCGUCAGAUAAUUCUUACUUUCAAGACCCAUCAAUAUGCAGCCCUGAAAUGAACCCUGACUUCGAGAUAGAGGUGAACAGUGGCAACUGUCAAGGAGUCAGUGAUUGCAAGUGCAAGAAUUUAAAAAUUUGCCAAAAGACCUACAUAAAGAACAAUUACAAUUAUGUAAUACGUGCACGGGUGAAAGAGAUAAAAAGCCGCAGUCACGACCUCAGUGCUGUGGUGGAAGUGAAGGAUGUGCUGAAGUCGUCUCUGGUUCACAUUCCUCGAGAUACGGUGACACUGCACUAUAGCUCUGGGUGUCUUUGUCCCGUACUCAGGCCCAAUGAGGAGUACAUCAUCAUGGGAUACGAGAACGAGGAACGAUCACGAUUGCUUCUUAUUGAAGGGUCCAUUGCCCAGAAAUGGAAAGAUCGAGUUGGACGCAAAGUGAAGCGCUGGAAUACGCUCCCUAGCAAAAAUAAUAAACCGGAAAUGGACAGACGCCCUCGACCCUGACCACAUCGGGCCGAUCCCGAACACACAGGAGUAUCGGAGGAACCUGAAAGAAAUUGCACUAAUGCACGUUCAUCUUAAUGUGUAAGGAGUUGUAGCAGAGAUGUUUUUAGUUGUUGCUUUGUAAUAUAAUUUUUUUUUAACAAUAUCUCUCUCUCUUUUUUUUUUUUUUUUUUUUAAUUUGCCUUUGCACGAACAAAAUGUUCAUUUCAACAUUGCUGCAUAUGUGUGUUUUUGUGUGGACUUUUUUUGGCGGGGGGGGGAGGGGGGGGCUAAGGGACUUGAUUCAUGAUUGUGCUGGAAUGGAAGAUGAUGGGAAGUCAAUGAGGCAUGAGGGAGCUUAUACAAGAGCAGAUGACUGUUUUCAAGGAGCAGGAAAAUGAGAAACAGCGUUUGGACACGACGCAGCGCGCCCUCGAGCCUUCUACGUGAACGCGCAUCUGUCCUGAAGCUUCCCUGAUGCUGGAUGUAAAACUAAACGGAGGGAGGAUGUGUCACUUGGCAUGUGACACAAACGCAAGGACAUAACUGAAUCGCUGAAAUGAUUUCAUUGCAUCAGUGACAGAGACAAAAAUGUUGAGCAUUGAUGAAUUACAUUCAUUUAAAUGGAAUUUAUACAUAAAUAUAUAUAUAUUUUUUCCUGCAUAAUAUCGCUGUAGUUCUGGUUUUGUAACUUUUAGGCACACAGUUGAUACUCAUCAUCGUUAGAAUGCCGUUUAUGAACGAAUGCAUAAUACAUAGCAUGAAUGCCAUAGUUCAUUAAAGACAGCUGUUUUUAUAUCAGCCUGAUUGAUACAAGAUGAUUUAGCCUUGCUCAAACCAUUACUCAACUUUUCUGUUAUCACAUUUACAUUCGCUAUUAAACAUAUCGCACUGGUGAACUGA